CUGCUCCAUCCGAACCUCUUGUGUUGUCACUGCUGCGCGGCUCCGCUCGCCUCGGCCGCCUUUUGUUUGAAGCGGACUCAGACCGGGGACCAGAACCAGUUCUUUUUUUGCCCCCCCCCCCUCUCUCUUUUCCGUCGUUUUGCCCCUCCUCCCCGCGACACCGUGCAUGCUCGCAUCCGUGCGCAACUUGUGCGCGCUCUCAUCCUCCCGCCUGCCUUCCUGCCUGCCUGCACUUGGACUUGCAUCAUGACCAUUAGUUCGAGUUCGGGGGCACCUUGCAGCCGCGUACCUCUGGAAUGGUGGGCACUGCACGGCCGCGUCAUCCAGGGGAGCAUGUAAACGCCAGAGGAGUUUGGGAUUUAACGCAACAAAGGAGCAACAAUGAGCGUCUUCACGCUGUGCUUGCUCCUGUGCGCGGAUCUACUGGAUUUAGCCGUGGGAUAUUUGACUGUUACCAUCGAGCCGCUGCCUCCUGUAGUCGUGGGUGAGACCGUGACCCUCAAGUGCAACUUCAAGACCGACGGGAGGCUCCGGGAAAUCGUUUGGUAUCGGGUCACGGACGGAGGCACCAUAAAGCAGAAAAUCUUCACCUACGACGCCAUGUUUAACACCAACUACUCUCACAUGGAGGACUACCGCAGGCGCGAGGACCUCGUCUACCAGUCCACCGUCCGGCUCCCGGAGGUUCGCAUCUUGGACAACGGACCGUACGAAUGCCAUGUGGGCAUCUACGACCGGGCAACUAGGGAGAAGGUCGUGCUGGCAUCAGGGAAUGUUUUCCUCACCGUCAUGUCUCCUCCAAACAACAUCUCAGUGGUGGCCGAAAACACGCCGGCGCCGUUCAGUCGAUAUCAAGCCCAGAACUUCACGCUGCUCUGCACCGCCAAGGGAGGGAAGCCCGCACCCUCCGUGUACUUCAAGCGGGACGGUGAACUGAUCGAGGUGAUCUCAUACGUUCAGCCAUCAGCCGGCGAUCAGGGCGGUGGCUCGGCGGGCUUCCGAGGAGCCAGGCCGCUCAUCAGCCGGGACCUGGACGAGACCAAGCUGCAGCGCUCGCUCUCCCUGCUGGACCCUGAGAGCCCUUCGGCGCGUUUGUAUACGGAACGGCCGCACACUCAGGGCCUGCAGGCCUCGGAGCCCAGCCCCGCCACCGAGGUCAUCCCGGAGACGGUGGUGAACAGAGAGUUCCCCCGCUGGGUCCACAACACGGACCCCCUGUACUACUUCAGCCACACGCACCUCCCGCAAAGCGACGGCUCGGUGGUGGUGCAGGCGCGGCUCACGUGGACCCUCAACCCGCAGCUGGACAACGACGCCCUUUUCAGCUGCGAGGUCAAGCACCCAGCGCUCUCAAUGCCGAUGCAGACGGAGGUCACAUUGGCUGCCCCAAAAGGCCCGAAGCUCUUUAUGACCCCCAGCAGGGCCAAAGUCGGGGACACGGUGCGCAUCACUGUGCAAGGAUUCCAGGUAGGAGCUCGUGGGAACGAAGUGUUCCCAGAGCCCCUCUUCACCUGGACUCGCGUGGGGGGGCGCCUCCUGGAUGGCAGCACCGAGCGAGAGGGCAAGGAUCUGAUCCUGGAACGGGUUCCGGCCGAGCUCAACGGCUCCAUGUACCGCUGCACGGCCCAGAAUCCUCUGGGCUCCACAGACACGCACACCCGCCUCAUAGUCUUUGAAAAUCCAAGCAUGAUGAAAAACACGCAGGGCCAGAACAGUGGAAUCUCUCAGAAGAACGCGAUGGGCGGCCUCACGUGGAUUGCUCUGGUCCUCACAGUGACUGUGGAACUGACGUGAAAACUCGUACACCUUUGUCCGACAUAUUCUCAAACAUAUUCUCAAACACACACAGACAUUCAAAACAACAAGCAAACAUCAGCUUACUUUCCACAACCUUACGAGUGUUCUCCGGCCGUUAACAAAGCUUCUGUCGAGGCCACGGUGCUGCCACCCAACGGCACUCUUCCCAUUUUUUGAAACGAAAAUAACCACCAUUACGCUAUCUAAAGAACAUGUUGAACAUGACAAGCUCCCUCCUUCUUUCCCCACGUUUUUUUCUUUCUUGUCUCACGUCUGCCUGUUGACCAAUAAAAUUUGUUCAAACUGUAAAGACGGCAUUUGGAUUUGAUUUUUUUGUUUUGGGGUAUUUUUUGGGGGUCAUUGCUUUUUCCACAUAAAUGUGAAAAGUGCCCCGCCCCCCACAAAAAAAGAAAAGCCGCCAGACCCAUCUGCUCCAUAUCUACAAGGGGGCGGAAGGGUGGAUGUCGUGGACGGGGCACAAUGCAGACGUUUGAACAGAACAAUCUACACACUAUACAAGUAUCUUAUUUUUUUAUUUAGUUUUUUUUUUUGUUCUUCUUUUUCAUGGCUCAGAAUGUACAAAAAGAAUUUAAAUGCAUUGGGAAGAAAGUCUCCUGUUUAUGAGUGUAUUUUGUGUACAUCCAGUGUAAAUAAUGCAGAUAAUUAAAGAAGUUUUAUGGGGUCGUGGUAAAGGACGCUUGCCGAGCCGUUUGAACUUCAUCCAUGAGCGCUAAUCAUCGGCUGACAGAACAAGAGCUGCUUUUUCUGUAGGUGAUUCGAUUUUUUGUUUUUCAGAUAUACGUAUAUACCAGUCUGACUGGAAGUGUACUCACAUAAGUCCGAUGUGUUCAGGAUUGUGAUGCAUGUGAGUUUAAUUUGGUUUUCCUUUCCUGUUUUUUUUUUUUCUUUGCGGCACUACUGCUGCUGUCUCCUUGUGUCAUGCUAUCUUAAGUGACCUACAUUGUGUGCGUGUGCGUGCGUGUGUGUAACAAUUCCUGCUCUCUCUCUCUCUCUUGCUCUGUCUCUCUCUCACGGAUGUUUGCCGAGAUUAGUCGCGUCACGCUAGCCGCCGUUUUCUCCCCACGCCGGACUGAUAAAACAGGGUUGUUUGCAUCUGUUUCAUUUCACCUGUAUUAAAGUGGAGAGAUUAUCAAA